AUGUGGGAUGUGACCCUCUUUGGCGGCUGCACUUUUUUGCAGCAUCUUCUGCAGAUCUCGCCACUGCAGGAUGCAGCCGCUUCGAAGCCGCGAAGCGAAGCACUGCUUUGCAUGGCACUUGCCGAGCGAUUCAGCUUGCCGCAACUCUGCCAUCAGAACCAUCGGGGUCUCUGCGCUCUGACGUACGCAGAGCACCUGGUUCAACAAGUGGGCUCGAAUGAGGACGGCAUCUGGCUUCAGGUUGUCGAGAGCAUCAAGCGCCAGAUGAUCGCGAGGGCGCACGAGCACCAGGGCCAGAUGACCGAGCUCGUCGUCCUCCUACAUCAGCUUCAGGACGCUUUGGAUGUUAGCCAGGCGGACCCCGUGGGCGCCUGGCCCUGUGCGGAGCUUCGGCAGGUGGUCGACGCGGUAGAGGGCGUUGUCUUCCGGCUUGCCGUGGACAUCCGAAAGAGUUGGAUCAAGACGGGCCGAGGUUUGAAGGUCGGCCGCUACCACCGUCAUGUGCUUGAUCGCAGACGGUCAUCCUACUGA